AACCCGUACCUUCAACUGAGCACCGGUCCACCCGGGGAAGCUGCAGCCUGACAGCAUGGCUCAGGAGUUUGUGAACUGCAAGAUCCAGCCUGGGAAGGUGGUCGUGUUCAUCAAGCCCACCUGCCCAUACUGCCAGAAGACCCUAGAAAUCCUCAGUCAACUGCCUUUCAGACCAGGGCUUCUGGAAUUCGUGGAUAUCACAGCCACCAACAACACCAACGAAAUCCAAGAUUAUUUACAACAGCUCACCGGAGCGAGAACAGUUCCUCGGGUCUUCAUUGGUAAAGACUGUAUAGGUGGAUGCAGCGAUCUAAUUGCCAUGCAGCAGAAUGGGGAGCUGAUGACCCGCCUGAAGCAGGUGGGAGCUCUGCAGUAAUGGAAGGGAGGCAGCAGACCCCAUGCUGACAGCAGCUGUCCAGUCAUGCUGACACCAGUGCCUGAGAGCUGACCUGUAUCACAGAGAUGUCAGGACUUCCUGGUGACUGGGAUUUUGAACAAAAACAGCUUUUAUUUCUUCUUUUCUUCAGUGCUAAAAACUGUUGCAAUUUGCUUUUACCUGUGCAGUCAAGAAGCUUAGCAGACCAUACUAGUUAGAUUCUUCAUGUGCCAGCACGUCUGUCUCUACCUCUAAGCCAAGUUUCUCAGCCAAGUUUGUCUAAAUCUCCAGUGAACCUGUUGCUGGCUCGUUGCUAGUACUGGUCAGCUGAAAUAAUUUUGCAGAACUCGGCUUUAUAAAACGUCACUAAAUCGAUGGAUAUUGUAAACUUCAAGUCACACACAUGCAUCACCCCCAGCCCCAUUCCACUUCAGUGAUCACUGCUCUGGGUCAGCAUGCUCAGUCCUGCCCCUCCCAGAGCUCACAGAAGAUAGCUCUCAUUUGUAUGAGGAUGCUCUUUGAGAAAUCAGAUGAAAAAGCUGUACACAGCUGGUUCUCCCUGUGGCUCAGAGACAGCACAGCAGAUGUCACAUUCAGCACUGUCUAUAAAGAUGGUUGCCCAGAAAAUCCUAAGCAGCUUUGUGUUUAUCUGAGUUAGACUACCAGGAAAUUUAAAUAUGAAACGCAAAAUUGUAAAACCCUGCUUCCAAGAAUGUCUGUGAAAGAAGUCCAGGUUUCCAAAACUGCCCUAAAGAAUUCCUUCCAUCCACACUUUGAGUUUUGCGAUGAUGUUUCAUUGUUAUGGAACUGCAGGUUCCUUCUCUAUCUCCAGUGAGGUGGGCUCAUUCCUAAUAAAGAUGUACCUGGAAGCAGCUAA